CGCGCGUAAACCACCGCCCGUUGCUCCCCUUCACCAUUCAUUCGACGUGAAAAUUUCGUACAGUUCGGUCAAUUGUCAAUUCCAUUGUAAAUCAAUUAUAUCGAGAACGUGUAAGCAAAUUAUAGAAUAUGGCCCGUACCAAGCAAACAGCCCGUAAAUCAACCGGAGGCAAGGCGCCCCGAAAGCAGUUGGCCACCAAAGCUGCCCGUAAAUCUGCACCGUCCACGGGAGGCGUUAAGAAGCCACAUCGCUACCGUCCUGGUACCGUGGCCCUGCGUGAGAUCCGUCGUUACCAAAAGUCGACUGAACUGCUCAUCCGCAAGCUGCCCUUCCAGCGUUUAGUACGUGAGAUUGCUCAGGAUUUCAAGACCGAUCUGCGUUUCCAGUCGGCUGCCAUUGGAGCUCUUCAGGAGGCCAGCGAAGCAUACUUGGUGGGUCUGUUCGAGGACACCAAUCUGUGCGCUAUUCAUGCCAAGCGCGUCACCAUCAUGCCUAAGGACAUCCAGCUGGCCAGACGUAUCCGAGGCGAGAGGGCCUAAAUUUCCAGAUCCGCCAUCUUGGAUUGGAAAAACAGUGGCGGCAAAAACAACGACGCACAGCUGUAUUUUGAAGAGGAAGGAGGAGUGGAGGUGGGGAAGCCCUCACCAGCAGCUGCCGCCGCUUAGUUCUAAACACUAAUUUUAUUUACCGAUAAGUAACAAAUAUACAAACUUAACAUGUUCAAAUAAAAUCGAAAUCUUUUUUUGAAGUCCA